AUGUCCCUUAAAAUUACUCGUUUAUGCUUUGCUGAUGAUUUGUUAGUAUUUUCUUAUGGAAAUGGGAAUUCUGCUAGAGUUAUAAGGGAUGCUCUUGAUGAGUUCAAAAAAGUUUCAGGGUUGAAGGUGAGCAUGGAAAAAAGCCAGAUUUUCUUCAGUUGUGUUAAACCCAAUAUGAGAAGGAUUAUCUUGGGCAUUCUUCCUUUUGAUAUUGGGAGAUUUCCUUUUAAGUAUUUGGGAAUUCCUAUGUGUGUUACAAAAUUAUUUGAUAGAGAUUGUAAACAGCUUAUUGAGAAGAUUAAGAUGAGAAUUUUCAAUUGGAAAAGCAAGGCUUUAUCGUUUGCUGGAAGGCUGCAGCUCAUUAAUUCUGUUUUGACAUCUAUUCAUGUGUAUUCGGCUUCGAUUUUUAAAAUUCCCAUUGCUACUAUUAAAGAGAUUGAAAAGCUUUGUAGAAGUUUCUUGUGGGCGAAUGGUGAGGUAGUCAAAGGGAAAGCUAAAGUCAAGUGGAAUGAUAUUUGUAAGCCGAAAAUUUAUGGUGGUUUAGGAGUGAAGAAUUUAAGGAAAUGGAAUGAUGCUUUGUUAGCUAAACAUGUGUGGAAUGUGAUUAAUAGCAAAAAUUCUCUGUUGGAAACAGGAAUUUUUGGGAUAUUUUGCAGAAGAAGAGUAUGA